CAGCGGGAGAUGGCGGCGCUAUCAUUAGGCUCCAGGGGCAACGGCGGAGGUCUCCACGGCACCGUACCGGCUACGCUCCCUCCACGUUCCCAGCGGGUUAUUAAUAGCUGCUCUCCUUUCGCCGGCGCCGCUGCUGCCGGGGGCUCCGCUGGUGAGUUCUGUGCUCCGGGGGCACAGACCCCUGCGGCCCCCCCCGGGGUGGGGGGCUCGCUGCCAGCCUGGCACCCACAGACCCCAAGACGUGGCCGGACAGACCCACGGCGCCGGAUGAACCUGACGGCGCGAGCAUCCCUGCCAAGGCCUCAUCCCACCCCACCGGAGGAUCCAGGGGGGAAGCGGAGCCCCAGGGAUGCACUAUGUUUAGCGCAGCUGUAUCAUCACUUGGAUGGAGCCUGGGAUGCGGCGGUGAUUCAGCGUGCGGAGCGGCGGCACAGCCGGACCCUCGCCCAGCCCAGGUUGGCAUCGGUGGGUACCGCUCAUGGGAUGCCGAGAUGCCGGUUCCCACGGCCGGAGCAGGAGCCGGGGGCUGCGCUGGGGGUUGUGGAGCCGAAAACACGACGUGAAGGCCCAGGAGGUUUUGGGAGGCCGACGGCAGGCGGGCACCGGGCUGCUCCGAGGCUUCGGCGAGUAAAGCGCGACCGUUUCCAUCUGAAUUUCUGCCGGGGAAUCGGCGUGUUGCCUUUGGUGCGUGGCCUGGAGAAGAAAAACAGUUCUCGGGGGUCGCAGGGCUGGGCUGAAAGGCAGGAGAGCACCGGUGACCCUGCGGGAAUUAAAGGGGUGCAGGCAGGGGCAGGCAGGGGCAGGCAGGAGCCGUGGGGCCAGGCUCUGCCGCAAACAGGGCCCCGGAAAAAAUCCCGAGUGCCAGCUCCGGCUUUGCUCACGCUGGCAGAUUGCUGCAAAGCACUUUGAAGUGCAAAUUAAGGUUUUCCAUCAGGUUCGAAGUUAAUUUUGACGCAAAGAAAACAGCACGGCCGCAACCCUGCGUGCCUGCGAUGGAGGCAGGCGUCGGGCCAGGGAUGCGCAGCCCAGCGGGGAGCAGCGGGUGGAGGGACACGGCCCAAUGGCCCCCCCGAGGCCCCCCCCAGAGGGGCUGCACGCAGGGGACGGGGCACAAGUUCAGUGUGCAUUAAGGACAAGCCUUGCAGCCAUCCCGGGAGCUGUGGCAGGGUCAGCUGCAGGGAGGAGGAAGGCAGAGGGAGACUUUGGAGGCAGGACGAGCGAUCCAAGCUCCUGCAAUCGUCACCCACGUAAGCCAGACCCUGGGAUUUGGGGUCCUCAUUGCACCCCCACAGCCAACGCACCGUCUGGGACUGCGGUUAUGGGCAAAGGCGGAUCCAGCCCGACCGUCCUGUGGGAUGCUCUGCUCUUCCCGAGGCUGCAGCUCUUCCCCUGUGGUUUCCCCAGCAGCCGCCCCGGCGCAGCAGGGAUGCUGGUGGCGGGAGGUGAGAGGACCGCAAUGCAUCCCCCCUCUGUGGCCUUUUCCCCUCCUCCCAAUAGUUUCUGCAAAGUUUUAAGCCGAGAGCAGUGUCAGGGAAGGUCCCUCAUCCGCCCUCGCUGCUGCCUCUGGGAGCUGCUGGAGAUCGGCCUCACCCUGCCGAGCGAAGGUCCCGAUGGCAAGGGCAGGCUUGCAGCACCCCCAGACAUUUGGGGUGCGGUGGUUGAGAGACGCAACGCCCAGAGUGACAGGAAGAGCUCUAAAGCCGCGUUUACAGCCAGCUUUCACAGUAAUUAUUGCAAAACCAGGUAAAAUCCCUACUUCCCAGCAGCGUCCGUGCACGAACUCACCAGGCAAAGCGAUCACAAGUCAUUUGUUCUGCAGUGGUCCUGCUCGCCGGCUGCCCCGGGCAGUCGAGCCUGAAGCCAAAGGCACCUGCCCGCACUGUAACGGCACCGGUGGGCAGGGAUGCGGGCAGGGAUGCGGGCACUCACCCCACGCCAUCAGACUUUGCCUUUUCAUCGCUUGGCUUUGCUCGCGGCAAACACCAGCACCCUCCUCCCUGCCCAGGAGCUCCGCCAGCUUCUCAGCUACUUCAAAAUUCUGCUCAAAACCACGUUUCUCCAUCCCCCCUCAAUACGACGCGUGCCUCCGCUGCCUGCCAAGGACGGUCCCUCGUGCUCCCUUCCCUGCUGCCCGGCCGUGCUUUCGCCCUGCGGCUGCGGGCUGCCUCUCCCUGCAUUUCCAAGCAUCUCUCAUGCCUGCUUCUCUUCCAGAUCCCCAUCUUAACUCCCUAACUGAAUUAUUUAACUCUAAUGCAUUUUGGGUACGCUCGAGGUCUCGGCUAAUCAGUGCGCUUCCACAGUGCCCAC